UCUAGGCCAGUGAGGGGCAGUUGCAUGCCCACAGAGACUCACUGGGUGCUUCCUCUCCUCCCUGCAGGUGUCCAUGAAGGAGGUGGGGGAUGGCCUGCAGGACCAGAUGAACAGCAUGAUGGGGGCGCUGCAGGAACUGAAGCUCCUCCAGGUGCAGACAGCGCUGGAACAGCUGGAGAUCUCUGCAGGGGAGCCUGCUUCGAGCUGCCCUGAAAGUCCCUGGACACCACCCAAGCCUCCACCCCGUGAGGGUGGCAGGGGCCCUGCCAGGCCCCCAGCUGGCUCCCCCUCCAGCCACCCUUCUCUUGACAGCAGCACCAGGUUCUCCCCCCAUAGGCGGGCCUGUGGAAGGGGCGUGCCCCCCCUCCCCGGGACACAGCUGUCAGAGCACCACAGCCCUGCCCAGCAUGGGCCAGAGCAUGUGGAGCCUGAUGAUUGGACCUCCACACUGAUGUCCCGGGGCCGGAACCGACAGCCUCUGGUGCUAGGGGACAAUGUCUUCGCGGACCUGGUGGGCAACUGGCUGGACCUGCCAGAACUGGAGAAGGGUGGGGAGAAGGAAGAGACUGGGGAGGCUGCAGAGCCCAAAGGUGGACGGGGCCAGCUCCGGGAGCUGGGCCGCAGGUUUGCCCUGACCGCGAACAUCUUUAGGAAGUUCUUAAGGAGUGUGCGGCCAGACCGGGACCGGCUGCUAAAGGAGAAGCCUGGCUGGGUGACGCCCCUGGCUUCUGAGCCCCGAGCCAGACGCCCCCAGAAGGUCAAGAAGCGAAGCCACCCCAAGGGCUCAGGACAUUUCUCCUUCCCUGGCAUCAAGGAGCCCAAGAGAGUGGAGAAUCCUGCCACAAGUUGUCCCAAGGAGCCCCUAUCUGCUGGCUUUGAUAUGAACACGGCUGUCUGGGUUUGAGUCGUAGGAACUGUGAAGAUGCUGCGACCUACCUGGGAGGCCUGGCUUCUAGAGGCCCGACUCUACGUUCUCUUCCUAAAGAGAAGCAGCAGGCCCCCAGGUCUCCCAGCGAGAGGUGUGCAGCUGGUGCAAGGGUUGGCUGGUGGGUGAAGUGGGAGUGUGCGUGUGUGUGCACCUUUGGGGCUGGAGAUAAUAGCAGAGAUGGGCCAGAGAGAGGCGGCCAGCCAGGGAAACCCCCUUCCCCAGAAUUCCUUCACUGCUCCCCAAAGACUUCACUUGACCAUUCUAUACGGAAUGUCACUGGGGCUUCACAUUCCCUAGAGGCCCCCAAUAAAGAUUCAUCUUUGGUGCA